AUGUACAACUUCCUCAGUGGCUCCUUAAAGCAUGCCACUGGCCAUGGGGAGGUGUGGACAGAAACCUCCAAGUUCUCCCAGUUUGGCUGGAGAUGCACCACUAAUGAGAACGAUUACUCGCACAAAGUACUUAUGGGGAACUGGAAUGAAGAGCGCUACGACAUCCGGAACAUCACACAACCCAAACCACUUCCUUCCCAAUAUGCUCACUGCUUUGAAACGACGUAUUCUUCGGAUUACAACAAGGACAAGGAUCAGAGAACGGGAAGAUUUGAACAAGAACCUCAUUGGUUUCCAGGCCACCAGCCUGAGUUGGAACCUCCUUUGUUCAAAUCAACUGCCCAGUCCUGCUACACAAUCGACUACAGGCCUCCACACAGCCACUGCUCAUGUCCAGCACCUAGAGAAGGAACAAAAAGGAUGCAGACAAAGCAACAGAGAUGAAGGGGACUGCAGACUAUGCCUUCAGGAUAACAGGAGGCCUGUCUGCUAGCCAUGCUGCAAAGAUAUCCCUCAAACCAAAACAACCUGUCCUGCAUUAGAGCCAAAUACAGCAUCUUGUGAAAUAUGUUGCUCCUGCUUUCUCAGCAGUAUUGUUUGUAAUUAACCCGUGAGUUUCUGUCAUGCUUCACUUUGUCACUGAAGCUCAACUAACACCUUACCUGGUAGAACUUUUUAAACUAGAGCUUGGCAUUCAGGUGGGAUCUGGUGCAUUUGACAGUGAUCCCACCUCACUGAGUUCUCAUUGUAGUCCUUUCCCUUAAAGCCAUGGAAGAAGUUUGCCCACUGAGUUCACCUGAGAUUUUGACUGAUCUCUUAUAAUUCUUGUCUUAGCAGGUAUAAGAGACAUAGAAGAUGGGUCACAGAAUCAUAGAAUCAUUAAGGUCAGAAAAGAUCUUUCCAGAUCACCCAGUCCACCAGCACUGCCCACUGAGUCCCUCAGUGCGACAUCCACCCCUUCCUUAAACACCUCCUCCCACUUCCUGGACAGCCUGUUCCAACACCUCAUCAGUCAUAGCUGAGUACAAUGACCUGUGCAAUAGACCUGGUGCAUUUUUUCGGGGUUUUUUGUUUUUGGGAGGGGGGGGGAGGGGGGCAGGAAUUGCAGAAAUUAUGUUCCAGUAAUACAGACUUUCCUUUC